CAUUUUUAGUUUGUUAGAAAAUCUCUUCAACGGGAAUGAAUUAUUCCAAGAUUAAAAAAAACAUCGGAAGAUUUUCUUUUAUAUGAAAUGCAUGAUCUCUUUACUGACCUAUUUUGACAAAUUGCAGAAUGCUCAUAUAGAACGUGGCUCACGAAAACCCAGUUAUCGCCAUAACGCCAUUGAGCUGUCAGUUUGAUCCGUGGACGGGUGUAAUACAAAUGUGAUAGUUUUACGGAUUUAGUUUUAGAAGUUAUAGUGUCCAGUGAUUCCGAAAUGUCGUCUGGAGAUUUUGGAAACCCUUUAAGAAAGUUUAAACUUGUCUUUUUAGGAGAACAAAGCGUUGGAAAAACGUCUCUAAUUACAAGGUUCAUGUAUGACAGUUUCGACAACACAUACCAGGCAACUAUUGGAAUAGACUUUCUGUCAAAAACCAUGUACUUAGAAGAUAGAACGGUGAGGCUUCAGUUGUGGGAUACAGCAGGCCAAGAACGAUUUAGAAGUUUGAUACCUUCAUAUAUUCGAGACUCAACGGUUGCAGUAGUUGUCUACGAUAUAACAAAUGCGAAUUCAUUCCACCAGACGUCGAAGUGGAUCGAUGACGUGCGGACAGAACGAGGGAGUGAUGUGAUUAUUAUGCUAGUGGGUAACAAAACCGAUUUGUCCGAUAAGCGACAAGUUUCGACUGAAGAAGGUGACCACAAGGCCAAAGAACUCAAUGUGAUGUUCAUAGAGACCAGUGCUAAGGCUGGCUACAAUGUUAAACAGCUAUUUAGACGUGUUGCAGCUGCCCUUCCAGGAAUGGAUUCAACAGAAAAUAAACCACCCGAAGACAUGCAAGAAGUGAUUCUGAAAGAAACAGCCAAUGACGUUGAGAACCAAGACAGCAGUUGCUCUUGCUGAAGGUGGAUGAUGAUCUGAUGUGUCUGGGUGUUAUUGCCACUGGUCAACAAUAACUUGACCUGUUCUGUUGACUCGUCUUCAGUUUGCUAAUCACUAGAUUCUGCAUUCGCAAAACGUUCUAUGUGAAAUAUAUCGUGGAGGGUUGUGGUGCAACAAACUCUUAAUUCAGUUCCAGCAUACUAAUAAUGAUACAUGCUAAUGUCAACAUUCUAAGAACAAUAGAUUAAUAAUUCCAUGCAAUAUUUGUUACUUAAUAUUUUGGUACUCACCUGAUGCAUAUAGUCGUCAGGAUUGAAUGGCUUGUAACCGUUUUUAUAUGAGUAAAAGACAAUAACAUGUUUGAAAUCCUGUUAUCAAACAAUGCAUGAACCACCAAAAUGCAUAAAUGGUUGCUUUUUAUAAUAUUCCCUGUCUCUUAUUUUUUGCAUUCACAAUGUUCUGUAGUUUAUUUUCAAGUUGAGUGUUGAGACUGCAACGCUCACAAAUCAUUCAUUUAGGCUAGACCGAAUUAAUUGAUGGAAUUUUGUAAAACAAUUGUGUCCAAGCUCUUGAAUGAUCAUUUUAGUAUACCUUUAUAAAAGCUUGCGUUUAUAGUUAUGAUUUUUGAAAAAGUAUAUUCAAUCAAGUUUUCUCUAGAAAAAAAUUCUUAGAGUGUAUUCCAGAAAUGAAAUAUUUUCAUAUGUGUACUGUGAUGUAGAGAUCAAUGAUUUAUGACAUUUGAUAUUUUUGUAUUGAUUUAAUUUCUGAAUGCUUUAAAUUUUUAUUGAAAAUCUGGUGCAGCUAGCAGGUUAUUGAAUAGGUUUUGAUUGAUAUUUAGUAUUAUUUAUUUAGUUUAUUGCACCAAUUCACAUUCAAAAUGAGUAUCACUCGUGUUUAGUAAAGGUGAGCAGAAUAAUAGUUUUGUUUAAGUGGCUUUUAUUGAAAUAUUUCUCAAUAUUCCCAAUGCAGUACUUUGAAUAUUGAAUUUAUAACUCAACAGUAUUAUUUUUGUAGCUUUGUAAUGGCCUAAAACUCACCUUAACCAUUGUAAGAUUUUUUCAAGAAUAAAUUACAACAGUCUACACAGUUUUGAAAAUGAUCAAAUUGAGAAUUAUUAUUAGAGUAGACCUUUGUUAGGAACAAGUGUGGGCGGAGCCGGCCAAGUUCAACAAAAUCCAAGUUAACCGCAGAAUGUGAAGGAAUAAUAAGUGAAAGAUCUUUGCCAAAAAACAUCCAUGUCUCCUUUAUUUAGAACUCGCUUUACUUUUGCUUAGUUAUUUAAUGUUCAGUUUGCAGUUAUGCUCACUGUAAUGUACUGAACAGUUGAUUGAACUUCCUUUUUUGGCAACACAGAAGUUGUACUGUUCUGAAAACUAUAAUAUUUAACACAAACAUUAAAAACUUGAUUUUGUUGAAUUGGCGUGUAUAACAACAGUUUUUCUCCAUAUAGGAUCUUGAUUAUCCGUAAUUCCCUGUUAAUGGGAUCUGGAUUUACAAGGCUCUACUUCAUUUAUCUUAUCGCAGAGUUACGCUAUUAAUUUACUAAUAAUAUAGAAAGCUGAACACAUUAUUGAAUACUUAUAGAUUUGUAUAAAUAAUAGAAUUUAUUAUUGAAUUGGAAAUUUACUUGUAAGCCAUUGAACUCUACUUGUUAAAUUUAUUUUUCAAGUGUUAACUACCUAUUACUGGAAAAUAAUAAUUUGGAAUUGUCUCUAUCAUAGGAAUCUGAUUAUUUUUUGUGAAGUUUUAAACAUUCAGGACGAAAUGGAGCUGAAAAUUCCAAUAAGAAUUGGUUUUUUGUUUUCAAGGUGAGCAGUAGGGAUUGAUUCUAUUGAAAGCAUUGGGUGGUUCAUGCUGUAACUUAUGAUAUUAUUUAUGAACUAAUCAAAUUUUCGUAAUCGUAAUCGUUAUAAGUAAUAAUUGUUUUCAAAGCAGCAGAAGCCAUAUUGAAAAUAUUAGCUUUUUGUUUUGAAUGAUUUUUACUCUUACAAUAAAUUGUACUACUUUAUUAAUUUAUUGUCCAAUUGUAAAUAGUUAUUUAUUUAUCAGUCUCACAUUAUUGUUAUAAUGCUGACUGAAGCCUUUAAAUAUAUGUGAUCUUCACUUAUCAUACAUUUGUUACAUCUUUGAUCCUAGCACUUCUUGAGCAUGUUAUUCCAAGCUUAAUAUUCAAUAUUUUAACUCCCUCCCAUUUUUAUGUUUGAAAUUAUCAUUUUACAUUGUGGUGGAGACGUUAGCACCUUGUAUGACGUAAGUAUGGAUCACCAUGAUGCCUCAAUUCAUUGAGAUGUGAUUUUUGUCUGUGUUGGAAUUAUUUGCACUUUUUCACGAUCACGAACAACGUCGAGUAUCGUACAGUAUUAAUGUUUGUACAAAACAACAUCAUGAAAUGCUACUUUCGUUACCGUAGCCUACACGUUACAAAAAACUGGUUAUCCAUGUGGAUCUGAUAAUUUCAAUCAAUUAAAUCCCUUCAAAUUUCCUGAUAUCAGAAAAUGAUCAUUAUCACUCAUUCCUAUUGCAAUAAUUAUUUUUGUUUAACUGAAAAUAAGGUACAAAUUAGUUUGAAAAAUAAUAUUCAAAUUAUAAUACAAUCAAUUUGAAUCAAUUCAAUUAUUUGACAUGACAUUAUUUGAUUUUAUGGUUAUAUGAUCCUUUCGUAUUAUAUGACUAUAUGGUGAAUUGUAUGCUAAAUGUUCCUUGAAAGAACGCUAAAGUGGCUUGAUUUUUUGGAAUAUUUUUUUGGGGCCUUACGUUCCAGCUUUGAUGCUCAUUUACAACAGCUUGACUUGCAAGGUGAAAUUAAACAUGUUGUAGCUAUUUCACAUGGUAGGCCUACUUAUAUUUUUAGAGAUUGUUGAAAAGUUUAUUUAAUAACUUGAUCAAAAUGUUAUUGGUAGCUCAUUCUAUUAUCCUUGGAAGGUUUAGGUGUCAUGUUCCUAGUGCAAUAGGCCUACAUGGAUUCUCUAUGCCUAUUGAAAGUAAAUUAAUAAGUGUCUUCUUUAUAUACCGUAUGAAAUGAUUUUAAACUCUAGAUAACGUAUUACAGUACUUAUAAGAUAAUUUCUGGUAACAGAAAUCUUAUUAAUAAAUAGAACUAGAUAAUUAUUACUUGUAUUGUGGAAAUUAAUUUCAAAAACAUUCCUUAAAAUAUAUAUUUGAAGAAUAUUUUUUAUAUUGUUAUUCAGGUUUCAAUUUAUAUUUAUAAUUGAUUUAAGAAUUGGUCUAGGGCCAUACUUUAAUACUUUAUCCAUGAUCAAAAAUUAUAAUUUCUAACUGAAGUUUAAAACGUGGAUUGUUGUGAUCUAAAACGCUAUUAUUUUACCAAAUAUUAAUUAAUAGGCAUUUUUACUGAAUACAUUGUAUGCUGAUGAAACAAUUUUUAUUACUGUGAGUCAAUUACAACAGAAGCAUGAAAUUUAAAACUGAAGAUCUGUAUUAGUUUUCAUAAAGAUAUAAGCUCUAUCUGAGUUUUUUUUAAAUAAUAUCCUUAUACAUAAUAAACAAAAGAAAGUGC